AUGCAUUCAGUCGUCUCGCUCUCUGCUGCAGUCGUAGCGACACUUGUGAUUGUCACCCUUCGAGCACGACGAAAGUCGCGCGAGGCGGGUUUCCCGCAGGGACCGGCGCCUCUUCCGGUCAUCGGGAAUGCACUUGAAAUCGACGCCUCGCGCCCCUGGUUAACCUUUACCAAAUGGCAGGCUACCUAUGGUGAUCUUGUAUAUUGUAACGUGUUCGGGCAGGACGUGGUAGUGGUUAACUCCGAGAAAGUCGCGGAAGACUUGAUGGACAAGCGGUCUCGCAACUACUCUGGUCGGAUGGACAUGUCUAGCAUUCUAGAUCCAUUCUCUGGUGCCAUCAUCCUGGGUGCCGUCUUCGAUCAUGAGAUCGACGGAGACCCAGAAAACGACGCCAUGCUUCAAACCGUGGUAAAAGGAACUGACUACGCUGUUCGGAUCGCGUCUCCAGAUUGGAUUGCACUCACGACUAUCUUGCCGUUCUGCAAAUACAUUCCAACAUGGUUGCCUGGGGGCGCUCUCAAUGCGCCAAAUGGCAAGCGGAUCAUGAACGAAAUGCUUGACAUACCAUUUGACAUUACCGAGAAGAGGGUGGACGCGGGAGAAAUAGGCCACUGCGUGGUACUUGACGCUUUUGAGAGAUUCAGAGGUACAACCAAGGUCUCAGACUUCGAGAACAUUAUGAAGCACGCUUGUGGAACAGCUUACGCCGCUGGAGAAGAAACGACAGGCUCAAGCCUGAUCGUUUUCACGCUGGCUAUGGUCCUACAUCCACAUGUUCAGAAACGUGCUCAGGAGGAGAUCGAAUCCGUUGUAGGGUCGGACCGUCUUCCCGACUUCAAUGACAGACCGUCUUUACCUUAUGUCGAGGCCAUAUUUCGUGAAACGGCCAGGUGGAGGCCUAUUGUACCCUUAGCUAUACCUCAUUCAGCGACAGACGAAGACAUGUAUGAUGGAUACGUUAUACCCAAAGGAGCGGUUAUUGUACCCAACGUAUGGGCCAUGUCUCGCAAUGAAGAGAAGUACCCUUUCCCAGAGACUUUCAACCCCGAGCGUUUCCUCGAUGCAAAUGGCAAUCUCGCCGAAGAGAUGCCCAACUUCGUAUUUGGGUUUGGACGUCGUAUCUGCCCCGGGCGUCACUUGGCAAAAAACUCGGUAUGGAUCGCAAUGGCUCAAAUUCUAGCGUUUUUUUCGAUCGAGAAGGCAAAGGAUGCCUUUGGCCAGCCUGUUGAGCCAAAUCCUCAGUGGACUCAGGGCGUAACUUCGUAUCCCAAAGAUUUCCCGUGCGCUUUUGUCUCUAGGAGAGCAUAAAUGUACAAGAUACUUGGAGCGCACCUCGCGGCCUCGUAACAGUAGUAUA